AUGCCACGCUCCUUCCUGGUAAAGAGCAAGAAAGCUCACACCUACCACCAGCCCCGCGUCCAGGAAGAUGACCCGGUCUGGCCUCCUGCCCUUAGACCCGCAGCCAGGGACCAAGUCCUGAGCAAUGAUCCUGUCUUCAGCAGCCUGUUCCCAAACCACUGCUUGACCUGGACUGACCUCAAGCACGAGCCAGAGCUGGAGCUUGACCAGAGCAUGAGCAGGACACCCUUGGUGCCAGAGGCCCCUGCUGUAAUGCCUCCAUCCCAGGAUAGGGACUCCGACUCACCCCCGUUCUACAAGCCCAGCUUCUCCUGGGAUGCCCUGGCCUCGUCCUACGGCCACAGCUACCGGCAGGCCGCCUCCACCAUGCAGUCUGCCUUCCUCGAGCACUCCGUCAGCCUGUACGGCAGCCCUCUGGUGCCCAGCACUGAGCCACCCCUGGACUUCAGCCUCCGCUGCUCCCCGGGCAUGGAUACGUACCACUGUAUCAAGUGCAACAAGGUGUUCUCCACUCCACACGGGCUUGAAGUGCACGUCCGCCGCUCUCACAGCGGGACCCGGCCCUUCGCCUGUGAUGUCUGUGGCAAAACCUUUGGCCAUGCCGUGAGCCUGGAGCAGCACACGCACGUCCACUCCCAGGAGCGCAGCUUCGAGUGCCGGAUGUGCGGCAAAGCCUUCAAACGCUCGUCCACCCUGUCCACGCACCUGCUCAUCCAUUCAGACACGAGGCCCUACCCCUGCCAGUUCUGCGGCAAGCGCUUCCACCAGAAGUCGGACAUGAAGAAACACACCUACAUCCACACAGGUGAGAAGCCCCACAAGUGCCAGGUGUGCGGGAAGGCCUUCAGCCAGAGCUCCAACCUCAUCACCCACAGCCGGAAGCACACCGGCUUCAAGCCUUUCAGCUGCGAGCUGUGCACCAAGGGUUUCCAGCGCAAGGUGGACCUGCGGCGGCACCGGGAAAGCCAGCACAAUCUCAAGUGA